CUUGAAAUUUCUUUUUCUUAUCAUCAACAAUUCAUAAAAUUAUUGCCUGAGAAUUAAUUAAUUGAUCAAGUUUAAAAUAAAUGUAGUUUGCAACGGUAUUUCCACCGUGAGAAAUUAACUAAAAUGUCUAAAUAAACACGUAGAGUAAUUAGCUGUAGUUCUACUCGGUAGUUCAUCCUCAUAACCAAACACUUGUUUCAGUCGAAAAAUUCGUCGCAAAGAUGGUUAGAACGAGCUGCCGUCGAAACGUUCGAAUCCUGCUGGUCGGUGACAAAGGUGUUGGUAAAACUUCGAUUAUAUUAUCACUGGUGAGUGAAGAAUUCCCCGAAGAUGUGCCUUCUAAAGCUGAAGAAAUUACAAUUCCUGCUGACGUUACUCCCGAAUUAGUCCCAACUCAUAUUGUUGAUUACUCCGAAACCGAACAAACUGAAGAAGUUUUGACCGAAGAGAUUCAGCGUGCUCAUGUCAUCUGUGUCGUGUAUUCGGUUAUAAAUCAGGAAUCUUUGAGCAAUGUAUCUUCUUACUGGUUGCCUUUGAUCAGAAAAAGUACCCCGGAGCCUCAUUGCCCUAUUGUUUUAGUGGGUAAUAAGGUGGAUCUAAUUAACGACUCCACAUACGAGUUGGCUGGAUCCAUCAUGGACGAAUAUCCGGAAAUUGAAAGUUUUAUCGAGUGUUCUGCUAAAACUUUGGUGAAUAUAAGCGAAGUGUUUUAUUUCGCGCAGAAUGCUGUUUUACACCCUACUGCACCCAUAUACAUUACUGACAAACAAGAGCUGACUGAAGGCUGCGUGAAAGCUCUUACUCGCAUUUUCAAGAUUUGUGAUUUUGACAACGAUGGUUUAUUGAGCGAUAAAGAAUUGAAUUUGUUCCAAAAACGUUGUUUUGAUACACCAUUGAGGAAGGAAGCGAUGCAAGAUAUAAAAACUAUAAUCAGUAAAAAUAUCAACGGUGGUAUUUCAUCGAAUAACAUGAUCACUCUAGCUGGGUUCUUAUUUUUGCAUAAUUUAUUUAUGCAAAGAGGAAGAAGCCAGACCACAUGGGCGGUAUUGAGAAGAUUCGGUUAUCAAGAGAAUCUCGAUAUAUCGAAAGAAUAUUUAUACCCAAAACUAACCGUACCCAAUGGAUGCUCAGUAGAACUUUCUCAUAAAGGAUAUCAAUUUUUAUCAAGUUUAUUCGAACGAUACGAUAAAGACAAAGAUGGAGCACUUUGUCCGAAAGAAGUAGAAGCUAUUUUCUCCGUUUGCCCAACCCCUGCGUUCAAUUCUUGUAUAUCAAACAUGGUCUCCACAAACUCGAAGGGUUGGAUCACUCAAGAAGGAUGGUUUUGCUUUUGGUCUUAUACGACCUUAUUUGACUACGCCACCACCUUGGAAUACCUGGCGUAUUUCGGAUACCCUAUAACUGAUUACGAAAACCAAUGCACAGCUGUUCAAGUUACUCGCGAUAAAAAAUCCGACAUUCUUAAAAAACAAUCUUUAAGAAAUGUUUACGUUUGCCAUAUAAUCGGCGAGAAAGGCAGUGGGAAGUCGAGCCUAUGCCAGACACACAUAGGUCACACUUUGAAGAAGGAAAACGUCGAACUAGCAGCCAAUUUACAUCAUCAUGGUACCACCAAUAUUGUCAACGUUUAUUGCCAAGAGAAGUAUUUAAUCCUCAAGAAUAUAGAUAUAAGAAAUAGCACGGAACCAUUGAUGCCUAGUGAUGUUAACUGUGAUGUCGCUUGCUUGGUGUACGAUUCUAGUCACACGAAAUCGUUCGAAUACGUCGCCAAAGUUUUUCUGAAAUACUUCAGUGGCAGCAAUAUACCAGUUUUAAUCGUCGCGAAUAAAAUUGACCUCGGAACUGUUCGUCAAGAUUACUUCAUACAACCUGAAACAUUUUGUAAAGAAAACAAUCUCCCUGCACCGAUUGAAUUCUCUAGUAUUAGACCAAAGAAAGAUUUAUUCGUCAAACUCGCUACAAUGGCUGCGUUCCCGUCAGUAUUGCACAGUUUAGGACUGAUCGGUGGUUACGAAAUGAUCAGCCUAUGGAGAAGCGGUGUCAGCGUUAAAGCAGGAGUUAGCGUCACCAUGAUCGCGUUACUAGCUUUAUUUCUCGCCAAGUUUUUGAAAUCUGAAAAAAGUGCGCGAUGAAAUAUUAGUCGUGGAUUUGCGUAUCAGUAUCUGUAUAUUUCACCAAAAUCAACGAUUAUCAUUCUUUUUCCUUUUCAAAAUACCGGUGUUUUAAGUAUAAAUAUAGGUACCUAUCUGAUUACCUGUUCGACAUGAGUUUCGAUUUCCGAUCACUAUUUUAUUUUAGAUAUUAGGAAAUAUUCCAUCGAGUAGACCCGUAUAAAUAUGCGUGAAAUUUCAAACUUUAUUGACGUUUCGCUAUUUUAUAAAAGUGAUACUGUUUCUGUACGUGUCAUCUUUCGAUGUUAGAGAUAAGGUUUUUUGUUUUACCACUUUAUUAUGAAUUGUAAUAGAUGUAAUGGUGAAAUAGUUAAUUGAAUUAUUCUCUCGUCUUGAAAAGUACCAUAUUGUUCCAUAUCUUUAAAUUGCUGAAAUUAAGGUGAUUUGGUUAUGAGUUUAAAUUCUCAAUAAUUUUAACCAUGAUACCUCAUUACAUAGUUUAAUUUUUUUUUCUCGAUUUUAAAACCUAGAGUUUUUAUUUUCACUUUUCAUCUAGAUUAUUGUUAAGCUUGACUGCCAUUUGAUGAAUUCAUUAUGAUGGAAACAUCAAUUCAAGGUCGUUGUAUUUUUGCUAGCUCAAAUUAUUAUUUUUGAUGUUAUUGAAAUGGCUUGUCAGUGAUCAUUUUGUGAUACAUUUUGAAUUGUUCGGGAUGCGAAGGUUUUCUGUGAAAAGUACGCGAGAAAUUGCUUUUAUAUACUUGCGUUUUGUUGUAGAUAUAUUUUGUUCACGCACAUUUUAUUGUAAAAUUUCUAAACCCAUCGAAAUUUUGUUCUAAAAUGGAGAAAAAUGUGCUGAUAUACACGUUUUAGUUUUUAAAAAAACCAAACGUUAAAAUUAAGUAGAAAUGAUCAAAGGUAUUCUCUGUUUGUAAAAUUUAAAACAUUGUAUAUGAUGUACUCAGUAUUACUGAAACUUUUAAAAUUAUUAAAACGUUUGCGAAUUUA